UACAACCAAUUUGAUAACUAUGUUUGAAUUGAAACCCUGAUUAAGCUGAUGCUGCUGGUUCUUGGAUUGUGGCCAUACUUUGCAUUCGAAUAUUUUUUAAAUUUCCUUCAGGGUGAAAUUAGGGUUCUUAGGGAUAGGGAAAUGGUGAGAUUAGGGUUAUUAGGGAAUGGUGAGAUUAGGAUUUCGUAUACUUUCUAAGGGACUCGGCAAAGGAUCGCGCACGUGGUGCGUGAUUGAUGAUGCUCCGGCGGAUGACGGAGAGCCGAUCCUCUGAGCUCGUCAUUGGCUUAGAAUUGCAGGAUCAGGCCGCUGAGGAGGACGAGGACGAGAGGUGAAGAGGAGAGAAGAUGACGGAUUUUUUGUCGGCGGUGACGGAAAAACGCCGGUGGAGCAUCUGUUCUUAUACUUAGCUGCAUGGCAUGUAUAGCUUACGCAGCUCCUGCUCUGCACCCAGAUGAAGUGAAAGCACUCAAGGAUAUAACUUCGACGCUCGGUGUAAAGUACUUGAACCUGAGUGAAGAUCCUUGUCUGGUAAAGACACUCAAGAUAACGGAAGGCGGUUUGGAAGAAGGGCAGAACAGUACGAUCAGAUGCAACUGUCGUUUUGACAAUAACAGCACGUGUAGAAUCACGCACUUUGUGCUCAAGACAUUCAGCCUUCAGGGAAGGCUGCCACCGGACUUUGUGAGGCUCCCAUUUCUUGAAUCGAUCCAACUAUGCCGUAAUUACCUAUCUGGUUCAAUUCCAAUGGAAUGGACGUCUUUGCCAUACCUUACGUCCAUAUCUGUCUGUGCGAAUCGCUUGUCAGGAGAUAUUCCCACAGGUUUGGGGAAGUUUAUCAAUCUCACCGUAUUGGUCCUUGAAGCCAACCAAUUCUCUGGAACUGUUCCUAAAGAAUUUGGGAACUUGGUUAACAUGGAAAGAUUACUGCUUUCUUCGAACCAGCUUGUCGGGAGCCUCCCGGAGACUCUAGGGAGGCUAACAAAGCUGAACGAGUUACGUAUAAGCGACAAUCGCUUGAACGGAUCCAUCCCAGAAUUUAUAGGCAACUUAUUAGAACUUAGAAAAUUAGAACUUCAAGCAAGCGGCCUUACUGGACCUGUUCCAGAUUCCAUUUUUCGGCUACCAAAUUUAAACGAACUGAGGAUCAGUGAUACAGCUUCGGGAUCAGGCCGUGUUCCAGAUAUAACUAGCAAGAGCCUGAAAUUUCUGGUUUUGAGGAACUUGAAUUUGUCUGGACAACUCUCAUUCGAUGUCUGGGAGACCCUAAAUCUCAUGACUCUCGAUGUAUCGUUCAAUAGGCUGACUGGAGAAGUGCCAACGCACGCAAAGGCGCCAAAAUACACGUAUUUGGCUGGAAACAUGUUUUCAGGCAAGGUAGACUCAGGUCCCUUUCUCACUGCCAGUACUAGUUCAAAUGUUGAUCUUUCUUUUAACAACUUCACAUGGUCUCCCGGAUGCAAAGAGAGGAUGAAUGUAAACACAUACCGGAGCUCAAACUCCAGAAACAACUUAGCAAGACUUUUGCCGUGCGCAGCCAUAAACUCUUGUCGAAAUUAUAACAAGUCACUGCAUAUAAACUGUGGCGGAGGAGAUGUGACUAUAAAAAGUUCCCGUGGAAAUAUUAUGUAUCAUGGUGAUAAUUAUGGACAAACCAGUUCGGCGAUGAGUUAUCGUGUAACAAAUUGGGGAUUCUGCAACACCGGUGACUUUAUGGAUGACGCAAUAACUGAAGAUACAUUUAACGUUUCAUCUGAUUCAGUAGUAUCUGCAAAAUAUCCUGAGCUUUAUCAGACAGCGAGACAGUCUCCCCUGAGUUUGGCUUACUAUGCAUUUUGCAUGGAAAACGGAAGCUAUAACGUGAAACUCCAUUUCGCCGAGAUUCAGUUCACGGACCAAGAACCUUAUAGCAGAGUUGCAAAGCGGUUUUUCAAUAUCUACAUCCAGGGAAAAUUGGUUUGGGAGGAUUUUAGUAUAAGAGAUGAGGCUAAUGGGACACACAAAGAAGUAAUAAAGGAAAUGAACACGACUGUGACCGAUAACUCGUUAGAGAUACGAUUGUAUUGGGCGGGGAAAGGCACGACACUAAUCCCUCGGAGAGGGAGUUAUGGCUCUCUGAUAUCUGCAAUCUCAGUUUGUCCUAGUUCGAAACCUCAAUGUGGAGUGGAGAAAGCCAAACAUCAGGUUCAUUAUUCCCUAAUUUUUGGGGGUGUUGGCGCUUUUCUAUGUGUUAUUCUCUUGGCAUUUGGUAUCUAUACUAGAAGAAGAUGCAUUAGACACAAAAACGCAAGCGAAAAAGAUCUUAGAGCCCAAGGUCUUCAAACAGUUUGCUUCACUUGGAGGCAACUACAAGCGGCCACAAGAAAUUUUGAUGGAGCAAACAAACUUGGAGAAGGGGGUUUUGGAUCUGUAUUCAAAGGCGAGCUGGCAGAUGGAACUAUCAUCGCAGUUAAGCAGCUUUCUUCAAAAUCAUGUCAAGGAAACCGUGAAUUUGUCAAUGAAAUUGGCAUGAUCUCGGGUCUUCAUCAUCCAAACCUUGUGAAGCUUUAUGGAUGUUGUGUCGAGAAGGAUCAAUUGUUGCUUGUAUAUGAGUACAUGGAAAAUAAUUCUCUUGCUCAUGCACUAUUUGGUAAAAGGAAGAGUAACCUGAAUCUGCAAUGGGAGACCAGACAAAGGAUUUGCGUUGGGAUAGCAAGAGGAAUAGAGUAUCUCCACGAAGGAUCGAUGAUCAGGAUGGUUCAUCGUGACAUCAAAGCUACGAAUGUGCUGUUAGAUGGCGACCUCAACGCAAAGAUAUCUGACUUUGGAUUGGCUAGGCUCCACAAUGAAGAACAAAGCCAUAUCACCACCAAAAUUGCCGGGACCAUAGGAUAUAUGGCUCCUGAGUAUGCUUUAUGGGGUCAGCUGACAGAGAAAGCCGAUGUUUACAGCUUCGGAGUGGUGGCUCUUGAGAUUGUUAGCGGUGAGAAUAAUAUGAAACACAAGGGAGGGACUGAUCAAACCUCUCUUGUCGAUCGGGUGGUCAUACUGCAACAGAAUGAUAACUUAUUGGAGAUGGUUGAUCCAAAGCUCGAAGGUGGUUUCAACCACGAAGAAGCAGAGAGAAUGAUUAAAGUGGCUCUUUCUUGCACAAACUCAUCUCCUUCUUUGAGGCCGACCAUGUCAGAAGCCGUGAAAAUGCUCGAGGGAGAGAUGGAAAUAAUGGAAAGCAUCUCGGACCCUCGUUUGUACGGAGUCUUCCGGAAGAUGAGAGUUAGCUCAAGCAUGUCAGGAACAGAGAUAUCAUCCUCGGGUCAGGCCACGACAGCUUCGACAUCUGGUUAUGAUUUGUAUCCUUUGACUCCUGAAUCCACGAUCCUGGACAGCAGCGGAACCUCGUCCUAGUCGUCGACGUAAGGUAUAAAAUGUGACAAAGUCAUGUGAAACUUGUAUCGUCAUUAUCAUGCAUAUGUAUACAGACGUAUAUGCGUGUGUAUCUAUUCUUCACACAUUCAAAAAAACAAAAAACCAUACAGCCUCGAUUGUGAAAAUUCGUGGGGCAAGAGAUUCAAGUGUGGGGGUUGUUUUGUAAAAUAUAAGACUUUUGGGGCCAAAUUUAUAAUUUUAUCAAAUCCAA